UCUGUUUCGCUCAGUGCCGCGCCCAAUGUUUCCGUCAUCGGUUAGGGUGUGACAACAACAGCCACCGCUGCCGUCUUCUUCCUCCACCGUCACGCCACCCUUCUCUUCCUCAACCACCGUCAUUAGCUCCGCCUCAUUUUGAGUUGAUUUCUCUUCCUUUCAGCUUCAUUUUGACUAUUUGUUUCGAUAAGAAGAAGAACCCUCUUUCCCCAAAUCCCCUUCUAUGUGACUUUCAUCCAACAGGUAUCAUGGUUAAGCUGUUUAAAGUCAAGGAGAAACAACGGGAACUUGCUGAAAAUUCGAACGAGAAGCCUCCUGUAAUAAGCAAAGCGCGGGCGAGUUGCGUCUCCACAAAGAGUUUCAAUACUAAAUUCUCACUGCGUUCAUUCCUUAAACAAGUAACAAAACUCACAGAUAACCAAAAAGAGUCCAUCGAAAGAGCAGGAUUCGGCAACUUGUUGCGUAUUCCAGAUCAUGUCUUAAGGAGGUCCCAGUUGGAUCAACUGAUGGAAAAAUGGAGUUGUGAAAAACAAGCAUUUAUAUUUCCUCCCGGAGAAAUAACAAUAACCCUUUUAGACGUUGCCUUAAUCUUAGGACUACGCGUUACUGGUCAACCUGUGGUCCUAGAAUUACUUGCACCAUUAACGAGCCUAGAGAAAGAAUUUGGUGCUUCGGUUGUAAAUAGGACAAUUGGCAUUGAAUUAUUAAAAGAAAGGCUUGAGUCAGUUGGUGAUAGGGAUGAUGAAUCUUUUGUUCGGGUUUUUUUGUUAUAUUGUUUUGGAACGUUACUAUUUCCAAGUGCUAACGGGAAGGUGGAUUCGAGGUAUCUUCAUCUUCUUCAAGACGUGGAUAAUGUGAGUUCUUUUGCAUGGGGUGCUGCUGUUCUUGAAGAUCUUAAUAAUUGCUUGAGGCAAAGAAAAAGUAAAAAAACAAAUAAUAUUGGCGGAUGUCUUAUUCUCCUUCAAAUAUGGUGUUAUGAGCAUAUUAUUACCGGAAGGCCUAAAUUACUGGAUUACUCCACGUUUCCUCGUGUAUGCCGAUGGGAAAGUAGUGCAAGGCAGUACGCAAAGUCUUCCCAAUUCAAUAUCAAUUUUGAGGAAUUAGAGCAUACUCAGAUAUUAUGGAAGCUUGAACCGACGUCAGAGGAGAUGGAGAUUGAUAUGAUCAGGGAGAUCCCACAGGAAUGGCAUUUAAGAAGUGGGCCUGGAACGAUUGAGCAGCCAAUUGAAGUAGAGAACCAAAGUGCAAUUAGAAUGGGUACAAAGCCCAAUGAAGAAGUAGAUGAAGAAGAAGAAGACGAACGAAUGAGUGGAGAAGAAUCCGCCAUCUUCGUCACAAGUGAUGAAUGGCAUUUAAGAAGUGGACCUGGAACAAUUAAGCAGCCAAUUGAAGUACAGAGCCAAAGCGCAAUUAGGAUGGGUACAAAGCACAAUGAAGAAGUAGAUGAAGAAGGACCAGUGAGUCGAGAAGAAUCCAUCCUCUUCGUCUUAAGUGAUGGUGAGGAGUCGAAGGAAAUUGAAGAUCUAAGAAAGGAAAUUCUAGAAUUGAAGACGAUUAUAGAAGAAAAGAAAGAAAACGAAGUUAAGAUUCAAGCUGAGAAUGAAGAACUCAAGAAAAGGGUUCAAGAUGACGAAUAUAUGUUGAUGAAAAUGGAAAAACAUAUUUCGGAGUUAGGAAUACUCUUAUCAAAGUUAAGCAUGCAGUAGUAUAUGGUCUGAAUGCACCAGUAACCAUUGGUGUUCUUAUUUAUCAACAUCUUAUAUAAUAAAUUGUAAGCACAUACUUUUACUUAUUUUGACAAACUGCUAAAAGCACAAUGUUGAUCUUGUAUAAUUAAUUAAAAAUCUUUAGAGAGAUGAGUUAUUUCAUUUCAUGUUUU